AUGGUUCGAAUUAUGAACGAUAUCACUGAUAAACCAGACUGGGAAAACAAGGUCUUUAAUAGCGAUAUCACAGAGAAGUGGAAGGCAGAAUUAAGAGCAAAUACCGAAGAUGAUAUUACAGAAAAAAUGAUCGAAUGGAUCAUCGCUGAGCUUCAGUAUAGAUCUAAACACUUCAAGGAGACUGGGAUGGUUCCUGCAUACGAUGGGGGAGUCAUCAAGUCAGAUUCGGCAAUUCCAGAAUCGCUAAAGGAGUCGCUGAGAGCGGCGGUUUCCAGGCUUGAAAAUGUGCCUGAUCAUCAAAAGGACUACCAUCCUCACUCAAAUAACCAAGUCCUGGAUCUCGUGCACCCUUCCCUCUUCCCCCUGGUUUAUGGAACAACAAAAAUCAUUAAAGACGGUAUCCUGGGCAUUGAUGACGGCAUUUCCAAAUCUGGGACUGGUGAAGUACUUCCUAUCCCAUCCGAUGGUGAAACUGUAAUAAAAGGCACCAACUUGUUCUCGUAUCCGGGAAACACAAUGGGUCGGCCCUACAGCAAGAAGUUCCAGUGGCUCCCAUGUGAUGUUGCAUUCAAGUCUACCAGUGACUCCACAGAAGCAGAUUCGAUACCAGAGAAAUCCAAUCAGUGCACAAUCACUAGCUACAUCAACAAUUUGCAUCCCAGGGAACAUAAAGAGCUGUAUGGAAUACUCGAGCAGGUUAUCUCUCGAGCAAUUCCUCUAUGGAACAUGACAUUAACGCCGCAUAAACUGUAUACCAAUGACUACGAACGUAUCCCAUAUGAUGAAGUCAAAUAUGACAUUGACCCUGAUUCCCUGCCCGAGGAGGAUCAGCCUCAACAAUUACCAGGAGAAGAAGACGAAGCCUUCUGGGAUCGCUUCGACGAAUGGAGGAGUGGUAUUUGGAGAGACGGCAUUAUCUUGCCCGAGCCAGGGAUCUUCGCCCCUCCAGAGGAGGUAGACCUUGAAGAAGACAUACAAGAGCCCUUACGUCGGCGAAAAACGCUAGACCUUCAGCGAGAUUACGGAAAGACGGGGUUACAGGUCAUUAUCAAGCUUGCAAAUAUCCACCUUACUCCAGAAAACCCCGAAUACGGAGGGGGAUCAUGGCAUGUCGAGGGUCAAUUGAAUGAACAUAUCUGCGCGACUGCAUUGUACUACUACGAUAGCGCGAACAUCACUGAGAGCCGUCUUGCAUUUCGCCAGCUUGAGCAGGUUUUUGGGUGUCAUCAGGACGGGACUAGUAUACAAUACCCGGGGAGCGUGGCCUGUAAAGAGGGACGCCUUCUCACUUUCUCAAACAUCUUUCAACAUCGCGUUGAACCAUUUAGAUUGGACGACCCUACCAAGCCAGGCCAUCGGAAAAUCCUAGCACUUUUCCUCGUCGACCCAAAUAUUCGAAUCAUCUCUACCGCAAAUGUGCCAUCGCAACGUGCCGACUGGGGCGAAUUGGUACCAUGGGAAGGUGCUCUGGGUAAGUUGCCCAGGGAACUGUACGACGAGGUAGUCUCUUAUAUGAGCAAUCCCUCAAUGUCCAUGGAGGAUGCGAAGGAGCUGCGGCUGGAACUGAUGGAGGAGAGAAAGGCUAUUGUAGCCGACCAAGACGAUGCGUUCGCGAGUAGUACCUUUUCACUAUGCGAGCAUUGA